AUGGACUCCAGGUCUCUGAGGGCGACUCCCUCGCAGGAGACGCUGAUCUCACUGCUGCAGCUCGAACCGCAGCCAAUGCCAGACACCGACAAAGAUCUGCCACCGUUGCCCGAGGAGUCGAGCGAUGGGACCAGGACGGAGGCAGACACCGAGAAGGAAACGGCCAGGUCAAUAGGGGUUAGUGGAAUAUCAGGUCACGCCCGUACCUCGUCGCUUGGGCUGAGUGGGAGUGGCCACGGCUCUAUAUACUAUUUGACGCGCAUACAACGGUAUUCAACCUACGCCCUCUCCAUAUUCACUGGCCUCCACAUCGCAAACACCUCCAUAAUACCGCUGAUCACCCGUUCCGUGCCCGCCUCCGAGGGUUACCUCCUGCUCGCGCGCGAGAUCUACCAGACACCCCUGACCGAGCCCCUCUUCGUCGCCCUGCCCAUCGCCGCACACAUCGCCUCAGGCAUAGCCCUGCGCCUGGUGCGCCGCUCGCAGAACCUCAAGCGCUACGGCGGCGCCACGCCCGCCGUCCUGCCCACGAGGUCAUCCACCGGCCGGUCCACCGCGUCCUCGGGCAGCGCGGGAGCGACUAGUGCGUGGCCGCCGUUGACCUGGGUGUCGGCGUCGGGAUACGGCUUCGCGGCGUUCCUGGCCGCACACGUCGCCAUGAACCGCCUGCUGCCGCUACACAUCGAGGGCGACAGCUCCAACAUCGGCCUGGCGUACGUGGCGCACGGCUUCGCGGCGCACCCGGCCACAUCCUACGUCGCGUACGCUGGGCUAUUAACCCUUGGCUGUGGGCACAUGGUCUGGGGCUGGGCCAAGUGGAUCGGGCUGGCGCAGCUGGCGGGCUGGCGCGCCGACAUCAAGACUCUGGGCACCACGCGCGACAGGAACGAGGACGUGCGGCGCAGGAAGCGCAGGAGGAGGAUAUGGCUGUGGAUCAACGGCACCGCGGUCGCUGCCACGGCUGUCUGGGCGGCCGGUGCGCUGGGCGUAGUCGCUAGAGGGGGGAGGGCGGACGGUUGGGUCGGGAAGGCUUAUGAUGAGCUGUUUGCCGCGGUUGGGCUCGGACAUUAG